AUGUCCUUUGCCGAUAACUCCACCAUAAAUCCCCAGCCAAAGAGGACCUGGAGCCGUCGUCGAAACACCCCUGGGACUGCCCCUGUGAUCUGUACAAUUUGCGGAAAGUCCUUCGCUCGCAAAGAUGUCUUGACAAGGCACGUCAGAUUAAAGCACCAGGAUCCCCAAGCGCACAGAACGUCGUACCCGCGCAAGAGAACGAGUUGUCUGCGAUGCGCGUUGUACAAGGUCAAAUGCGUGGGCACACCGACCUGUGCGCGAUGCGACAAGCAUGGCGUCUUCUGCCAGUUUGAUUUCUCUGCAAAACGACCUCGACGCGCUUUAGCUUCAUCGGACCAGUCGCUGGCUGAUGAAGUCCAAGAGGAUGCAAAUACCUCGACAACACAAACACAAUCAGCGGAAUGGACAGCACUCCCGUCAUAUCCACCGGACGUGCCCCAUGAUCAAGAGCCAGCUCAACGCGAAGGCACUUGUUCCGAGAAUUUCCGGAGAGAUGAGGAUCGACUUCAGGCGACGCCGUUCCAGCUAGACCUCUCUCCUGAACACGCAUCGCUCCAACUCUGUGAAGCUGCAGAUUCUUCGUCUCAUAGAAACCAUGACAUCGGACUUGACAAACUGGACAUGACGAUGCCGGUUUGGGAGAACGAUGGAACCUGGAAUGACCAUUCCACAAUGAUGAAUGAGACGCUCACAGCGCCUUCGCCCUGCAGUGGUUUCACCAUGUUUUGGGACAAUCUCUGUGCAGAAGGUUUGCUGCAGGACACAGUAGCGUUGGGCCGAGGAGGAGCAACCCGGGGAAGGCAUGGUGAGAUUCCAGCGCUACAAUACCUCGAGGCUGCAAAUCAGGAGGGCAUUUUUGAAUCCGACCCUGGUAACGGCUUGAACAGCCCUUCCAUGGCCGUGCCGGCACCUCCUCUGCUCCAAGGCCGAAUGAUUUCGACGACAAGCACAAGGCAGGACGAUGAACCGAUUUCAGCCGGGACCGACUCUGCCGUCUCCCAAGGGGUCUCUGAAGAUUCUGACAGCAACAGCAGUUGUAGUCUACCCUGGAGAACUCAAUCAACCACAAUAGCCGACAUGUAUGACCGAUUAAAGCCACCCUCCGGGCUGACCUUGUUUCGAGACAUACCAAGAAUAUCCCAUUCGGAAGCCGCAUGUUACUGGACUCUCUACUUUACACACUUCCAUCCGAGAUUUCCCAUUCUACACUGUGGCACGCUCAGUGUCGUUACUUGCACGCCUCUCUUAUUAGGCGCCAUUACGGCCAUUGGUGCCGGCUUUAGCUCUCAAGCCACCGCUCGGGAGUACUCCGUCACCACGGUCGGAACGCUGUGCGCAUUGUUGUCUCGGACGAAUUCCCACCUCCCUGAGAGCAUUCAGCAGGAAGGUUUUGUGCGACUGGUUAUCCGAUGCUUGGUGUACUUCCAUAUCAUCGAGUCAGACAUGCACGCACUCUUAGAUUUUGCGAUCGCGGCGCAGGCGUCCCUUGUUCGAGAUGCGCGCAAAUCCAUGCUCUUCACUCUGGACGAUGAAGCUGACCCCGGGCACAUGAGCUGUCGGCCGAGUAGAAGCCCAAGCAGGGAACAAGACGGACAAAGUCCAAAGGAUCUAGAGAAAUGGUAUACCUGGGUCUACCAUGAGCAGAGAAAGAGACUGGUCUGCGCGGUCAUCGUUGUCCAUUGCCGCUCCUGCUUGAUGACCGGUGUACAGCCUGUCAUCACGGACGAGGAAUUUGACAUUUACCAGCCGUGUACGGAGAAGCUGUGGGAGGCAUUAGAUCCGCAGUCAUGGCGCGCCUCAUUUCCUUGGACACAGAAACCUCCCAGGAAUCCUCCUCUCCGGGGGGCGCUAAUUCAGUCUCUCGAUGACGAACAAAGGUUCAAAAACAUACCUUUUCUCGGGAGACUGAUUGCAGAUUACCUGUUGAGGUUGAUUGAUGUUGGUUUGAUCCCGCCUCGUCUUUUGAGCGACUGCUCCGCCCGGGUGCUGUCAAACAGACGAUUGCUGCUUGUGCAACAGGCGCUCAAGGAAGAUGCUGUUGCUAUGGGAUAA